CUCAGUGCCACAGAGGACAAAAAGCCCCAAAUCAUCCUUGAUUAUAACAAGAACACUGGGGGCAACCUCGACAAGCGGGACCUCUUUCAUUAACCCAAACCCUCAGACGCAGCUCGCGUUUGGCUUAAUGAAAAGAAACUGACUCUUCUAUCAAUUAAGAGACAACUGCGACUUUUUGUUCCCGCCCGUCAUGGCGAUUGCCCACGUAGCCACGGAGUACGUUUUUUCCGACUUUCUGUUGAAGGACCAGACGGAGGCAAAGUACAAAGGCGUGCGCCUGGAGCUGGCGGUGGACAAAAUAGUCACGUUUCUCGCAGUGGGCCUGCCUUUGUUUCUCAUCUCGCUCGCUUUUGCUCAAGAGGUGUCAGUCGGUACCCAGAUCAGCUGCUUUGCUCCCACUAACUUCUCCUGGAAACAGGCUGCAUAUGUGGACUCAUUCUGCUGGGCUGCAGUGCAGCAACAAGCUGACAGUUCCCCCCUAUGGCUGCACAAGUUCUUUCCAUACAUCCUGCUCUUACUGGCCAUCCUCAUGUACAUCCCAGCCCUGCUCUGGCGUUUCACUGCAGCUCCGCACCUCUCCUCUGACCUCAACUUCAUCAUGGAGGAGCUGGACCGCUUUUACAAUCGUGCCAUUAGACUUGCAAAGAAUCUGGCAUCCUUAGAUAGCAAGGAUGCACCCGAGGACACCCAGAGUGCUUUGGACCUGGCUGAGGGCUGCUUCAAAUACCCUUUAGUGGAGCAGUAUCUGAAGACCAAACGCCUCUCUCACUGCCUCGUGGUCAAGUACCUGGCAUGCCGGGGCCUGACCCUGCUGAUCCUCCUGCUGGCCUGUCUCUACCUUGGCUACUACAUCCAACUGGCCUCCUUCACCGAUGAGUUUCCCUGUGACCUGCGGACAGGGGUGUUGAAGAACGACAGCAUGGUGCCGUCUGCCGUCCAGUGCAAGCUCGUAGCAGUUGGUGUCUUCAGGCUGCUCAGCUACAUCAAUCUGGUGGUGUACGUGCUCCUUGCUCCGCUGGUGGUGUAUGCUGCUCUUGGACCAGCACGUCAGAGCUCAGGCUUCCUCCGGCCUUAUGAGAUGCUGCCAGGAUUUGGUUCUUUGGGUGUGGUCACGCCUUUCUACAAUGACCUCAGCAUCUAUCUGCUGUUCCUGCAGGAGAACCUGAGUGAACUCAAAUCUUUUAAGUGUCUGCAGGUGCUCGAGUUAUUGCAAGAGGCUGGUGAUGAGGGGUUUGACACCAUGUGCCUACUGCGAACGCUGAGUCAGGUGAAGACGGAUGUUUUAGACAGUAAGAAGAUGUGCCCACUCAAGGAAAACAAAAACACCAAGCCUGAACAAUGAUUCCUCUGAGGUCUCUCUGUCUUGUUACGAAAUAAGUGACCUGAUGAAAAUAAGCCCUGCUGUGAUGGAAAAGAAGAAGUGGGAACAAACCCUGUGCACUUGCUUUUAUCUGAAUUGCUGGCGUAUGACCCAGUGCACUGUAAUC